GCACCCCACCCCUUCCCGGCCCUUGACCCUCUCCCCGCGCCCUGGUCCCGCCCCGCAUCCCCCUCCUCCGCACUCUUGUCGGGUGGUGGUGGCGGCGGCGUUCGCCGACCAAAUCUUCGCUGACCAGGGCCGCAGGCUGAGCGGGCUGGGUGGUUGUUCCGUGGUGUGAACUCGUAGUCAGCUGGGUUGGGGUCUCUCUGGGAACCCUAAGUUAGUCAUAACUCUUUGAAAAGCACCGUAUGGCUCCGCGGCCAUGAAGGUGAAGAUUAAGUGCUGGAAUGGUGUGGCCACUUGGCUCUGGGUGGCCAACGACGAGAACUGUGGCAUCUGCCGGAUGGCCUUUAAUGGAUGCUGCCCGGACUGCAAGGUCCCGGGUGACGAUUGCCCCCUGGUGUGGGGCCAGUGCUCCCACUGCUUCCACAUGCACUGCAUCCUCAAGUGGCUGAACGCACAGCAGGUGCAGCAGCACUGUCCCAUGUGCCGCCAGGAGUGGAAGUUCAAGGAGUGAGGCACCCCCAGGCCCCCAGCCGCGGACUGGCCGGCUGUGCUCUCCCCUGGGCCGGCCCCCCUCUGGGCCGCGACGGGGUUGACACAAGGACUGGAGCUGCGUUUGUUUUCCUUCAAAUGGUGACACUUUAUCCAAUAAGUAAACCCUAUUAAAUUACCCGAACCUUG